UAUUAGUGAUCGAAGAUUUUAUGGGAUGUUUGUUCACAAGGUGCAAUAGAAUAAACAUUUCGUAAAUUCGUCCGUGAUAAUGGUACUCGAUCGAUAACGAAUCUGACAGACAUCUCAGCUUGUGAAAUCAUCACAGAUAGUGUUGUGAAAAUGGUGAAGUGCACUAAGAAAACUUUUUCGUUCUCCGAUCUGUGGGUUUCCUACCACGAGCGAGCCGGGGACUUCUACCUGUCGUCAUGGCAACGGGGGGAAUCCCCCAUCCCCAUGUUCGUGGUGCGGCUGAUCCUGGCGGCAGCUUCGGUGGCCAUCCUCGUAUACUCCCUGUACUCCGGGGCCAGCCAGUUCUGGAUGAUCUACCUCACCAACUGGGGCCUGCUCUUCAUCACAGUCAUCACCCUCAGCGGCCUUCUGGUCUCGUGUAUCGCGAUAUGUACAAAAAUAACCGAUUCAGCACAGCUGCCGUGGUACAUAAGUUUGUACUGGUUGUUCUUCAACAUCGGUGCUACGAUGGCCAUAGUCAUAACUGGCCUCUACUGGACCUUACUGUAUGCUACAGAGGAGGACGUGAACUUCUGGUUGGACCUGACGACGCACGGGUUCAACUCGUGCAUCGUGUUCGUGGAGCUGGUGGCGUCGCGUGCGCCGGUGCGGCUGCUGCACGUCUACCAGCCGCUCGCUGUCGGCAUCUGGUAUGCCUCCUUCACCGGCAUAUACUACGCGGCUGGUGGUGUUAACGGCAAGGACGAGCCGUUCAUCUACCCGGUGCUGGACUGGCGGGAUGGCGGGUCUUCGGCGGCGCUGGUGGCAGCCGCUAUCGCCAGCCUGAUCAUCGUGUACGUGGUGCUGUGGGCGGUCACCGUGUGCCGGGACCGCGCGUCGCGCCGCCUCGUGCGCACCACCAGCUUGGAUCUGCCGCUCACGCCGCCUGAUCGACAUACACCUAAUGCUGUUUGAUAAGUAAUAUGAGGUAUAAGUUUUAGUGCUGUUUGAAGUAAUGUUUAAGCUGUAGUAAUGAUUGGUACUCUAUUGGUAUAGGUUAUACGCGCAGGAACACUUGAGUUGCGGAAAUCAGAACUCUGUAACAAUACGCCCUAGGACAAGGUGAUAAGAUAAAUAAUGCCAAAUUAAUACUUAGUUGGUGGUACUACAUUGGUACCUGAGGACAGGUAUUAUAGUCAGAAUUAGGAAAUUGGAGUUCUACCUUAAAAUAAUAGAGUUGGAAAUUGGAUGUAGAGCAUUUUUUCAGAGUCAAUAGUAAUAAUCCAAUGCUGAGGUUUAAGAUUUUCAGCUCGUUUAUAUUAGCCUGGAAUUCAUAUUUAAACACUGUAAAUUUUUCACAACUCCUGAAUUCCGGCGCGUACCGUCUCGACUAUGGAGAGCUAAAAAAGGAAUGCAAUUACUCACUUUUAAAGUGCCGAUAAAAUAAUUUUGCUCUAAGUAGACAAAUAGUGUGAUAAAAAUGUUACCAUCGUAGCCUAAUAUACGCAAAGCCUUCGCUUUAACUUUAAGUAAUGUAGGUAUUAGCCUAUUAGGUAAUGUUUGUACCAUCGAGAAUUUGAUUCAUAGGCAGAUGGCGGACCUACGUAAAUUGGCCGAAUAAUGCCCAUGCCCAGCCGACAGAUCACAACAGCGUAUACAAUACUUUAACAUAAGUACAUAACCCAUUAAGCAAAUAACGUUGGUACGACAUCUGCCUUCGAACAGUUUCUCUGUACAUUAAUAGAUGAUUUUGGUAUGUGUAUUAAUAGAUGAUUUUGGUUAGUUUAAAUACUGCGGUGAUAGCAAGAGUGUUCAAAUAUUAUUGAUCUAAGUGGAUUUGUGGUUUAAGAAUAGUCAUGUAAGACUAAUUUAUUGAAGCUAUAAGUAUAUUAUAAUUCAACAACAUAGAACAACCUUUUUAACAGUCACUUAAAAGUUAAAAAGCAGUUAAUCUUGAAUUUUAAUGGUGGUAUUAGGGUUUUAACUUUCAAUAUUAGAUAUACUCUGAUAUACUUAUGAAAUAUCAUAACAGUAUGUUUUUCCCAUCAAUGAAGAAUUUGAUCAAGUCGUCUUUUUUUCAAAGCCAAAGUUUUUAGUUAGUUACUUACGUCCGUUCCCAAUAUUUGAUCUAUCUCUGGUUUUGCCCUACUAGAGAUAGG